AAUAUGAACUCAUUUCUUGAAGACUCAACCGAGUGUAUCAGUCGCAUUAGCAGUGAGACCCGUCACGAUACCUUGAUUAAUGAGAAAAAAUGGGAAUGGGGCUUCUUAAGGAAUCAAUGUCGCAACCUAGAAUUGGAACAAUUCUAUCAAUCGUAUAUGCAACGAUUGCGUGUCAGUUACCUGUCGCUAUUUGUCAUCAUAGAACUGCUGGUGGUCGGUGUGCAUUCCAUCAUUCUCCUGUCUACGAUUGGGAAUCUCAACAAUGUGUCAACCGAUAUCUUUGCCUAUCUCACCUGUGCUCUGUUGGUGUGGGGUAUUCUGGCGCUUAACUUUCGCACAGAACUCAUCAAACGAUUCACAUGGAUAAUGUAUGUCACCUCCUGGCUGGCCGUUUGUAUAUUGGCCCUCACCGAUAUUGGCAUAUCUAUCUAUCAUGCUGUCAUCAAUUUGGAUAUAUUGCGCCCGGCCUAUGGCAGUUAUAUCUUGUAUGCGGUCUAUAUAUUUAUGCCAUUGCCCGAUAAUGUUCACGCCUUUAUGCUGGGCAUGGCGGUGACCGUUUCCUAUCUGAUUGAUUAUGCCUUUGUGACAUAUCGCAAACAUCCGGAUGGCACAUAUCGGCUGGACGUGAACAAACUGAUAACGGAGGGUAUAUUCUUGGUAUCGAUCAACAUGUUGGGCAUUUACUUUCGCAUGAUGAAGGAAAUAGCGAUACGUACCACAUUUCUGGAUCGUCGUCAGUAUGUUGAGGAAAAUUUAUUGCUGCGUCAUGCCCGCGAAGAGGAGCGAAGCCUUUUGCUGAGUAUUAUUCCGGCGCAUAUUGUUAGUAGAAUUGAAGAUGAUGUUAAAGCAAGAUUGGAAUAUAAACGGGCAAAGAGACGAUCAUCGCCUCAUACUCAGGUGUUAAUGUAAGCCAACAUUAAACCGGAGCCAAUAAGACGCUGGCGUCAACCUGAAGCAGAAAAAUUAUUUAUAGAACCGCAUGAAAAUGUUAGCAUACUUUAUGCCGAUGUUGUUAAUUACACCCACCUUACAACGACGUUAGAUGUCAAGACCCUGGUGGAGACAUUGCAUGAUCUAUUCGUGAGAUUCGAUACAGCAUCUGAGGAAUAUAAUGUUUUGCGUAUUAAAUUUUUGGGUGAUUGUUAUUAUUGUGUUGCAGGUGUAUCCAUACCGAAUGAAUAUCAUGCCAAGUGUUGUGUGGACUUGGGAUUGCGUAUGAUUAAGGAUAUACGUGAAGUAAGAACUAGACGUAAAUUAAAUAUCGAUAUGCGUAUUGGUGUGCAUACGGGUCGUAUAUUAUCCGGUGUUUUGGGUGCCUGUAAAUUGCAAUAUGAUAUUUGGUCUAAAGAUGUAGAUAUUGCCAAUCGCUUGGAACAAACCGGUAUGGCUGGCCGAGUACAUGUCAGUGAACAGACUUUGCGAGAGCUUGACGGUGAAUAUAUGUACGAAGAGGGUACAGCACAGGGACGUACAGAUCCAGUUUUAAAGAAACACGAUAUUCGAACAUUCCUCAUAAAGCCACCAAAAUAUGCCUCAUACAAUGAACAUAGACGACCCUGGGCCGGCGUAAAGCGUCAAAUAGAGCGUAUACGUUCAGAUACCACCACGGAUUUUAUGCAAAAUAAUAUCCAGCAAUUUAAUCAAAUUCGUACCCAGGCGAAGUUGGAAAUGAGCCGGGAAUUGGAUAAAAUGCCCAUUGGAAGAAUUCAAGUUUCAAAGUUCUGUUUCGAUCGUUCAAAACGUCUAACACAAGAUGAACAAGAGGAGCAGAAUUUUCGACGUAACAUUACCUCAGUGGGUCUAUUUUUCAAGGAUUGGCGCUGGGAAAUGCAGUUUCUACAAGAACCGGAUGAUAUGCUGAAAUACAGUGUAAUAAUGGGUGUUAUUAUCUUCUUCGGUAUUAUGGCCAUACAAUCGAUAAAUAAAGUGCAAUCUUCAAAUUUUUGGACCACAAAUGCUCUAUAUAUUGUUCUUAUAAUAAUCGUGAUAUUUCUAACAUGGUUCAAAAAAUUAUGGAUAAUGUUUUGGGCCGAGACACUGCAAUCGGAACCUGAAAAUAAAUUUAUUUUAUUUUUAUUUGACGCCUCGAAGAGGGUACAGAGUAGUAUAACGGCACGUGUAACAAUUUAUUUGCUUAUAAUUGUUAUACAUUGUUCGGCGACGUUUAUACAAUUGUUAGAUUGUAAUAACUGGCCAGUACUUGCCGACGGUGAUGGUAAAAAUAUAACCGAUUUUGUUACGGAUGAUCGUUCAUGUGAUGUGGGCUUCAAUCCUUGGGCCAUCACCGAAAGUUUAGAGUUAACAAUUUGUAUGGUCUUCCUAUUUUCGCGCAUUCCAUUUAUUUUGAAAUUCACAGUGGGUGUACUCAUUUCGGGCAUAUACAUUAUUAUCAUCUUUGUCAGCUAUGCACCGAUCUAUGAAUCGAGUCCGGCAACAAAUGUCGGUCUGCGUGCAGAAUUUUCCCAUGUUAUGGUUAUAAUUAUAACGUUGUGUAUAUUUCAUUUGAUGGAUCGCCAAACGGAAUUUAUAUCGAAAGUGGAUUAUAAUUGGAAGCGGCAGUUACAAAGAAAACAAAAUGAUGCCAAAGUUACAAAUGCCUCCAUUUCGUUAUUGAUACGAAAUAUAUUACCAUCACAUGUGGCCGAUAUUUAUAUAUCGAAACAAAUGAAGAACGAACUCUAUUAUGAGGAGUACGACAAUGUGGCCGUAAUGUUUGCAACAAUUAAAAAUUACGACAUUGAUAAUGUGGGCUUGAGGGUGUUGAACGAGAUCAUUUGCGAUUUUGAUGAGGUGCUCAAACUAUUCGAAUCGGAGGGUAUGUUCAAGGUGGAAAAAAUCAAAGUUGCCGGUUGGACUUAUAUGGCAGCAUGUGGCUUAGAUUUGGCUCGAUCGGAAAACGUCAACACGCAAGGAAAUUUUCGUAAUUCAUCAUUGUUGAUGAAUGGACGGCGUAGUCAUUAUGAUAGUAAUGGAAGAUCGCCGGCCAGACAUUCGCGAAAUCAGCUAGAUAUGGGUCCCUCGACAUCGACAGCAUCGAAUCAAUACGAAGGCCACAAUAAUACGGCGAACGCGAGUACUCAAAAGAAUCGGAAAAUCAGUUCACCCAAUCAAUCGAACGUGGUGCAUGUGAUGGCUCAAUUUGCCCUGCAGCUUAUGCGGACCAUGCAUUCCUUUAAUGUGGAAAAUUUACAAUGUGAAGAUGGUAGUGGUGACAAUGGAAUGCUGAGAAUCGGUAUUAGCAAUGGUGCCAUUAUGGCUGGUGUUGUUGGUUCUUCGAAGCCUCACUAUGAUAUUUGGGGUAAUGCCGUGAAUAUGGCAUCACGCAUGGAUUCCACGGGUAUGCAAGGCCGCAUCCAGGUCACCGAAGAGACAGCUGAUAUUUUACGCACAUUUAAUAUUAAGUGUAAUUUCCGCGGCAUGACCUAUGUUAAGGGUCGCGGAGAAAUUCCCACAUAUUUUGUGGGUAUCGAUGAAAAUUUAAAUUUCAUACCAGAGAUGGGUACAAACGAAACAAAUGAAAAUACUGCGCCAUCGUAA